AUUGAUAGCGACUACGUAAUGUAACAAGUGAAAAACUUUUUUCACAAUAGUUUUACUAUACUAAUCCACAUCUGUGGAAUAAUUGAGAAUGGCCUCUUGUGAUGUGGAUUUCUUGACGGAACAAUUUCCAGAUAACGUAUCAAUCAGUGAUUUGUGCGACUGUGGAAAACACAAGCGAAGGAAACAGAAUGUUCCCAUUCCCCGGAAGUCGGGUCCUUUUCCGGAGUCGGACUACGCCCGAACCUUUAAGGCCGUGGAGCAUCCCCGCCCACGUUCCAGUAAGCGUCCCCCACCUUCCCCGACGGUAAGAGACCGUCACUCGGCUCCCAUGAUGUUCUCCACAAAUCAAAGGGACGAAUUCAAGUCACAUGGUGCUGUUGAAAGGACAAAACCUAUCAUUCCGACAGAGAACUAUGAGGCUGUGAAUGUCCCAAUCGAAAAGACCACCUCCUACGGUCAGGAGUUUACCCCCAAACAAGCACAGCCUGAAUUUAGGCGAAUGGAGCCCAGAGGAACGGUCCAGAUUCCAGAUGCCAAGUUUGAUGCACACACAACUAACAAGGAUCAUUUCAAGCAGUGGAUAGCACAGCCGACCAUGCAUUUUCAAGAGCUUCCUAGUUUUACAGGGUCCAUUUUAUUUCCGGAGAAAAACAAGUUACCCCCUAGUGAAACGAUGCAGCAGUUUAGGGGGGAAUUUAUCAAGAGACCUGAAGCUGUACGGCUAGCAGACGCAAACAUAACAUUGGAAGGUGAUAUGCUGAUGACAACAACAAAUAAAGACACAUACAAGAAUAUACAGGGAGAUCACCGUGCUGAGCGCAUCGUCAGAAAACCAACCCUACACGCCUCUAAAAAACUGGGCAAAUUUGAGACAGAAACACAGAAUAGAAGAGAUUUUCCUGAGUAUGCUGGCGCUAGGCCCGCCAGGCUAGCCGAACCGGCUCCAGAGACUAUCGACCUUCGAUUCGACAACAAGAGAAGCUUUCAGACAGAACAACGUACUAUUUAUAGAGGGCACAACAUACUGCAAAACCCCGCGCCUAAACCAAUCAGACACGAUUUAGGGGAUUACAACCCACCAUCUGUUAAAUUUGAAACAGAAACUUCAAAUAAGAGGGAUUUCCAGCCAAUAGAUAUCACUGCCAAUCUAACACACAAAGCAACUGUUCCACAUUCAACAAUCAGGGUACCUGAUGUUAAAUUUGACGGUAGAACCAGUUUUGGAGAGUUUUUUAAGAACUACGGUCCCGUCAAACGAGAAAGGUACGGGGACUUCCAUGAAAACCGACCCUAUAUUCCUCCCCAGACAAAGUUUGAUGGAGCAAGUACAACAAAAUCGACUUUCGUUCCCAAGAAAUGGGAGCCGACUAAACCAUUCGUUCCAGAAAACAAACCAAUAGAAGGCCAAGGUGAAAUAGAUUUCAACACUGUCCAUAAAGAAACAUACAAGAAACCGAAAGUUAAGCCAUGUAAAGCUGAAAUAUAUCUUAUCCAGAAAGAACUCAGGAGGCAAAAAGCUUUGGAGGCAAGCGCGGUAGCGGCCAACAAAUUCAUUUGUGAGAACCAAACGGGCAGCCUUACCUGUUCAAACAAUGAUGUCAUUACAAUCCGAUCUAUAAAUUUUGGAAGAACAAGUCCGACUGUUUGCGGAAAUGACCCUAAUACUUAUUGCUACUCCUCUGGAAAGGUCACCGGAAAUGUUGCCAGGAACUGCAAUAACAAAAAUUCGUGUCAACUGACGGCAUCUUCCUCAAGUUUGGGGGAGAACCCUUGUUCUGGGACACUUAAGUACCUGGACAUCCAAUACGACUGUAAUCCACCACCCACAACCACCACCACCACCACAACUACCACUACAACCACCACUACCGCCCCUCCAACCACACUAUCACAGUCAACCUCGCAACAGUCAGCCUCUAUUUCAAGUCCAAAUGCUGCUGGCCCACAAGUUUGUCAUGAGUUCCUGGUAUCAGGCAGCAACGGAGUACCCGAUAAUAAAUUGACAGCUACAAGCACGUGGUCCAAUUCUUCCAACCAAGACGACAAGCCGUACCGGGCGAGACUCUUCAAUUCCGGAUUUAACUUUGGGAACGGAACGUAUCUUAUUGGGGGAUGGGUAGCAGGUGUCAACGACAAGAAUCAGUAUAUUCAGGCAGAGUUUAAUUCCGUUAGUGUCAUCAGAGGCGUGGUGACACAAGGACGCAAUGUCAACACACAGGACCGGUGCUGCCAUCAAAAGGUCACCAAAUACAAGGUCAUGUACAGUGUGGAUGGGGUCACGUACCAAACUGUCAAAGAUCACAACGGCAAUGACGUAGUGUAUAUUGGAAAUACCAAAGACGAAGAACUUGAGAUGACAAACAUGUUUGGAUGUCCAAUUAUUGCUAAAUAUCUUCGCAUUCAGCCUUUAGAAUGGUCAUCCCACAUCGCACUUAGGUUUGACGCUAUUGGAUGUAGGGCUACAACAGAUCCAUAUGGACAGUGUCCACAAGGUUGGAAGGAAAGACCGGGGUCCAAAACCUGCUACUUGAUAACAACCAAUCAGGCCCUGGGAUGGAGACAGGCUAGGCAGCGUUGUAAACAAGAACAGGGAGAUUUGGUCAAGAUAGAUUCCGUUCAAGAAAGGGACUGGCUCAUUCAAGAAAUAAAACAGAAGGCGUUUUCUCAAGUUUGGAUUGGUCUAAAUAAUCUUCCGAGGCGGGAUAACAAAAAUUACCAUUGGACAGACGGAUCCUCUCUGGACACAAAUAUUGUACCUUGGAAGAGUGGGAAUCCGGACAACUAUCUACAGAUGGAACACUGUGGCGAGUUCUCUAACGCGGAACUCAACGAUAUAGACUGUAAUUCCAAAAUCAAUUUCAUCUGCGAGAAACCAAAGUUUUGGACAAACCCAGCAACAGCCACCACCCAGGCACCACCAAAUAGCCAGACUACCACAAACAGUGCUGGGUCCAGUCAAAGCUCAGGCUCUUCUAUCACAGUUCUUUCUCCCACAAAGCCUACAACACUUAAACCAUCCACUCAAACCAAAGUUAUUCCAACGUUACCCGGAGCUAAGGUUGUCAAUGGAAUAAUGUAUACAACUGGUUGCGGUAGUAAGAAUGACUGCUACAAUCUCGGGAUCGGGGAUCACCAGUACUGCCAAGACUGCCAUAGUUAUUUGACAUGCGCUCCUAGUGGUGUAUUUGUCAGGCCAUGUCCUGCCAAUCUGGAAUUCGACAAUAACCUCCAAGCAUGUGUAGCCAGGUCCUGGACAUGCAAGAGAGUGGCAGGAUAA